CGUAUCCAAGUUCGUAGCUGUGAAUAUACUCUCUCUGCUUCUUCUCCGUAGGCGUAUUUAGCCUGCGAGUCUUUUCUCUCUUUCCCCAUCAAUUUCUUCAAAGCUUAUGAUCUGUUCGAAUUUUCAUCGACCAAUCUUCGUGCUCUUCUUAUUCUAAUCUAAUAAAAAGCAUCUACUGGUUGACUAAUUCAAAUAGAUAUACCGGGGAAUGCUGAAAGAUGUGCUUGAGCAUCAAGAAUUCCUUCUUUGAAGUCAAUGAAUUUGAUGCUCUACAGGAGCAUCCCUUACUAAUCCUCGGUGAGAUUAGAAAUAUAAAUUGCUUUCUUUCCCAGGUCUGUGCUCAGAUGUGCAUUGGGGACACAAGCCAUAGAAAGCCUGUUGUAUUGCCACACGAUCAUUGUGAAGACGGUUGAGCUUCUUUUUAUCCCAGUUACUCUUGCUUUUUGUGUAUAUUGUAUAAGUAGGAGGGCUUAACUUAUUACAUUUUAGGGUUUGUUACUUGGAAUGGAAAAUAAAGGGAGAGUGUUGAUGCAAAGGUAUGAAUUAGGGAGAUUAUUAGGGCAAGGAACCUUUGCUAAGGUCUACCAUGCAAGGAGCCUUAAAACUGGCCAGAGUGUGGCCAUUAAGGUAAUAGAUAAGGAAAGAGUAUUGAAAGUUGGGCUGGAUGAACAGAUCAAGAGAGAGAUAUCUGUUAUGAGACUUGUUAGACACCCAUACAUUGUGCAGCUUUAUGAGGUUAUGGCUAGCAAAACCAAGAUUUACUUUGUCAUGGAAUGUGUUAAAGGAGGUGAGCUCUUCAACAAGGUGGCCAAGGGGAAACUUAAGGAAGAUGUUGCAAGGAAGUAUUUUCAACAGCUGAUUAGUGCUGUUGAUUUUUGCCACAGCAGAGGUGUAUAUCACCGAGAUUUGAAACCUGAAAACCUACUUUUAGAUGAAAAUGGAAAUUUGAAGGUUUCAGAUUUUGGGUUGAGUGCUCUUGCUGAAUCCAAGCAUCAAGAUGGGUUGCUCCACACUACUUGUGGGACACCUGCCUAUGUUGCUCCAGAAGUAAUCAAUAGAAAAGGAUAUGAUGGGGCGAAAGCUGACAUUUGGUCUUGUGGGGUCAUCUUAUAUGUUCUGCUGGCUGGUUUUCUUCCUUUCCAUGAUUCAAAUUUGAUGGAGAUGUAUAGGAAAAUUGGAAAAGCAGAGUUUAAAUGCCCCAGUUGGUUCCCUACGGAAGUACGCAGGCUGCUGUCCAAGAUUUUGGAUCCGAACCCAAAUACUAGGAUUUCUAUCACAAAGAUCAAGGACAACUCUUGGUUCAGAAAGGGUUUGGAAUCCAUAUCAACAACUGGAAGAGAAAGUGAGGAACAUGUUCCUAUGGAUGCUGAUUCACCUUUCAGCGCUGCUGAUAAUAGUGAUGUUGCUGCUGAGCGAAGGCAAGAGCUGGCGAGACCUAAUAAUUUGAAUGCUUUUGAUCUUAUUUCCCUUUCCGCACGAUUUGACCUCUCUGGUUUCUUUGAUGAAAAUGCUCAUAAGAGGGAGGCACGAUUUACAUCCAAGGAGCCUGUGUCAGCCAUCAUCUCUAAGCUGGAGGAAGUUGCUAGAUUACUGAGGUGGAAGGUGAAGAAGAAAAGUCGGGGUUUGUUGACAUUGGAGGGAUCGAAGGAAGGGAGGAAAGGUGCUCUGUCGAUUGAUGCUGAGAUUUUUGAAGUUACUCCAUCUUUCCAUUUGGUGGAGGUAAAGAAGUCUGGUGGAGAUACGCCAGAGUAUCAGCAGAUACUAAGACAGGAUAUAAAGCCACUUCUUGAUGACAUCGUCUGGACUUGGGCAAGGUGAUCUGCAGCAGCAAUAACAACAGCAGAUGCCAUCUUGCUUCUGUGGCUUUCUUUAACCUCUUAUUCCCAAUGACAGUUUUUGGGCUUGGCAAGGGAGGUGUGAAGGAGCAGGAGCAGCAGCAGCAGCAGUUGCAGUGGCAUUUUCUUGAGUGUGCUCUUAAGCCACUCCUUUCUCCUUGGGCUUUCAUAAUCUGGAGAAAUAUCUUCGCUUUGUAUAUAUACCUUCUUAUAAUCUGUUAAUCCAUGUUAUUUGUACAUUUUCAUCUGUUACACGUUGUCUGUUUUUGGGAAGUGGUGGUGUAUCCAUGUUGAUUAUAUUGAAAUAGCAUUAUGUAAAUUUUCUUUGUUCUGUUUCUUGUUUGUAAAGGCCUAUUGCUAUUGUAUUUCAUUACUAUGAUAAUACCUUUCAUCA